ACCUCCAGACACAGUCAUCAUUGCUGUUAGAAGUGACAGCUGUGCUUUUCUUUUUUAAACCUCGAGAUCACCUGCUGUGAUUAUCAGACAGUGACCAGUUUCCUGUUCAAUCUUUCCAACAUCCCUUUUUUUGUGAGAAUGUGACAUUUCGUUGAGUACCAGCUUCAAAGCUGUCUGUCAGGUGUUCGGCUUCAUCUUGUCUCUCUCGGAGGACCCGUCAGUGGGUGAGCAGCCAUGGUGCUGCUUCACCUCCCUCUCCCCUUCCUCCUCCUCUUCCUCUUCCUCUUCCUCUUCUCUCUCACCCCUCUGUCCCCGGCCUCCCCCCAUGGAGACCCCCACACCCCCCUGCCUGGUGCAGCAGCAGCUUCGAUCCUGCAGCAGCGGCCCUUCGUUGUGGUGUGGAACCUGCCCACAGCUCAGUGUCACUCACGCUUCAACAUCCACCUGGACCUGAGCGCCUUCGACAUCGUGGAGAACCGAGAGCAGCGCUUCCUGGGACAGAAAAUGACUAUCUUCUACCGCGACCGCCUGGGGAAAUACCCCUACCUCUCCCGAGGCGGGGGGAAGGUAAACGGAGGGAUCCCUCAGCUCAGCGACCUCUCGGCUCACCUCUCCCUGGCGCUGUCGCAGAUGUCCUCCUCUCUGCAGCCAAACUUCAACGGGUUAGCUGUUAUCGACUGGGAAGACUGGCGGCCAUUGUGGGAGAGAAACUUUGGAACCAAGAUGGAGUAUCGGAGGCAGUCUAAGCUGCUGGUGAGACAGGAGAAACCAGAUUUGUCAGAAAGGGAAACAACAUUGUUGGCAACGAAGACGUUUGAGGAGAGCGCUCGGAGGUUCAUGGGGGAGACGCUUCGAAUGGGGGUCACACAUCGCCCUGAGGGACUCUGGGGGUUUUAUGGUUUCCCUGCCUGCUUUAAUAAUCACAAGCAAAAGACAGAUCAAAGCUACACAGGACGCUGCCAUGCAGGAACCGAAGAGCAGAACGACCGUCUGUCCUGGCUCUGGAGUCAGUCCUCCGCUCUGUAUCCCAGCAUCUACCUGCCUCCAUGGCUGGAAGGGUCCACGGACGCAGCUCUGAUGGUCAGACACAGACUGCUGGAGGCUUUGAGGGUGGCGUCAGUUUGGCGCCAUGGCAACGAUACUAACCAAGCCACACCGGUCCUUCCCUACGCCAGGCUGGCAUUCACACACACUCUCACUUUUCUUAAUAAGAUGGACCUGGUGCACACGCUGGGGGAGAGUGCGGCGCUGGGUGCUGCUGGAGUGGUGCUGUGGGGGGAGCUGAAGUUUGCCCAAUCUAAGAAUCAGUGCAUCCUUCUCAGGGACUACGUGCACACUGUCUUGGGUCCCUUCGUCCAAUCCUUGAGGUCGGACACUAAGCGGUGCGGCCUUCAACUUUGCCAUGGCAACGGACGCUGUGCCAGGCGACGCCCCGGCUCUGGUUACAUGAUCUCCUCAGGUCUAGCUUUGACCUUUAACCCCAAUGAAAUCCAUUUCCUCUCUGACUCCUCCCAUGGCAGAGCAUUUCAUAACCACUUCCUGUGUCAGUGCUACCCGGGCUGGACCGGGCAGGAGUGUCAAGAGAAGAAGAACGAAAACAGAGAGAAUAGAAGUAACAGAAAUGUUUCUAUCAAACAGACAUCAGUCAUUUAAAAUGAAAUAAGUGAAUUGUGUUUAUUUCACACAAAAAAUCCCGAAGUAUGCAUGAACAACGGAUUUGAAUUAGAUUUCCCUCCAAGUGCAAAUCAUUUUUGAGUUUAACUUGAUGACACUUCAUUACAUUUUUCAGGAUUUGUCACUUUUUUCCUCUUAACUUUUUGUUACUGGAAGCACCUUCCAAGUCAAGCUUUUAACCUACACUGCAGUGUUGUUGCAGCAGGAAACCUAACACAGUAAUGGCUGCCCUGAGAAAUAUGUUAUAAGGGGUGGUUGAGGUCAUUGACCUUUAAUAAAUGUUACAUUGUUUUAAUUAAAAAAAGCAAACUAG